AUGUCGCUCGAUCAGCACACGAAACUUUACCUGAGUCUGGCCUUCGCUGCCGGUAUCCUGAUCACUCUCGGAUACAAAGACUUCUACCCCGAUCUCGAACGUCGCUAUCAUGAUGGCCUACGAAACAAUCGAGUGCGCCGCCGUUCAAGCACGCAGGUCUCGCUGAAAGUCGAUGAACCUCAAGACGACUCUCCUGCCGCUCCUCUACCGGCCGCUGCUAUCCGUGAAGGUAUUGAGGGUGGCAUUGGCAACACCCCACUGAUUCGCAUCAAAUCCUUGUCUGACGCCACAGGCUGCGACAUUUUAGGAAAAGCAGAGUUCCUCAAUGCCGCUGGAAACUCGCCCAAAGACAGAGUCGCCUUAUCCAUGAUUCAGAUGGCCGAGGCCGAAGGUUUCUUGACACCAAACUCGGGCGACAAGGUCUAUGAGGGAACUGUUGGAAGCACUGGCAUCUCACUAGCUGCCAUCUGUCGCGCAAGAGGUUAUACUGCACACAUCUGCAUGCCAGAUGAUAUUGCCGCUGAGAAGUCGGAUCUGCUUUUGAAGCUCGGUGCUGUCGUUGAACGUGUUCGACCUGCUUCUAUCGUAGACAAAGGCCAAUUCGUCAACAUGGCUCGCGCUCGUGCUCAACAACACACCGCUGAUCCUGAUCAGAAAGGUCGAGGUUUCUUCGCCGACCAGUUCGAGAACCCCGCAAACUAUCUUGCCCAUCUCCACGGAACUGGUCCUGAGAUCUUUGAGCAGACUGCCGGUCGGCUCGAUGCUUUUGUCGCUGGUGCAGGCACUGGUGGCACAAUCUCUGGUUGUGCUUUGUAUCUCAAGCCUCGCCUGCCAAACAUGAAAGUAGUGCUAGCAGAUCCUCAAGGCAGCGGUCUCUACAACAGAGUGAAGCACGGUGUCAUGUUCUCACCAACAGAGAAAGAAGGUACUCGUCGUCGCCAUCAAGUUGACAGUAUAGUCGAAGGCAUCGGUGUGAACCGCGUGACUCACAACUUCGAAGCUGGAAGAGAGUUGGUUGAUGAUGCUGUCCGCGUUACUGAUGAUCAAGCCAUGAUGAUGGCUCGUUGGCUGGUCGAACGCGACGGACUGUUCGUGGGUAGUUCCUCGGCUGUCAACUGUGUCGCUGCUGUCAAGACUGCUAUGGAGCUGGGACCGGGACAUCGCGUUGUCACUAUCCUUUGCGACUCUGGUACUCGCCAUCUCUCCAAGUUCUGGAAAAAGGCUGGUACUAUUGGUGGAAACAAUGAGAUGACCAUGGAUGAUAUCUUGAACCCCAAAGUUUUGGACCCGUGA